UGAUGCCAUGGCCUCUGCGAGCGCCAGCAGGGCCAGGGCAGGGCCGCCCUGCGAGAAGUCCCAGCUCUCCGUGAAAGUGGUGUCCGUGAAGCCCAAGGCGCAGAGCCGCCAGUCGCGCAUGAACUGCUACGUGGAGGUGGCCGGUGACGGGCUCCCCGGCGAGACCAAGAAGACGGGGAAGCAGAUCGGCAUCUCGGAGGUGCUCUGGAACGAGAUCCUCGUGCUGAACGUCACGGCUCAGAGUCACCUGGACCUGAAGGUCUGGAGCUGCCACACGCUGAGGAACGAGCUGCUGGGCGCAGCCUCCGUCAGCCUCUGGAACCUGCUCAAGAGUGGCGGGAAACUGGAGAACAGGCAGCUGACCCUGAACCUGCAAACUGAGAACAAAGGCAGUGUUGUCUCCGGCGGCGAGCUGACGAUUUUCCUGGACGGGCCUGCUGUUGAUGUGGGAAGCCUGCCGAAUGGCAGCGCCGUGACAGAGGGGGAGUGCCGCCCAGCUCCGCAUGCGUGCAGCAGCUCUGAGCACGAGGCCGGGAGCGGCGGCGGGGAGAGGAGUGGGGCUGACAUCACAGCCCCCCGGACCUCCGAGCCAGCGUCCGAGUGCCAGCAGCCGCCUCCCCCAGGGCCUCAAGCAGCUGGACGGGAGCCCGUCAACAUGGCUGCAGCUACAGAGAGCAGACACCACCCUCCCACAACGAACUGCUUUGGAAGCAGAUCAAGGAUGCACCGGCAUUCGGCUGGAGCGGCCAGGCAGAGCUCGGGCAGCGGGGAGCAGAGCCCCGGCGCCAGGACGCGGCACCGGCUGCAGGCCAAGAGUCAGAGCGGUGGCGGCGGGAGCAGCGGCACCGCCAACGGCGCAGUGAACGGAGACCCGGCGGGCGCUGCAGACGGGGAGGAGGAGAGGCCGGCAGCGGGAGCGAGCCCCACGACGGCGGCGAGCGCGACCGACGGCUCCGUCGCCCUUCCCGCCGCCGCAGCCUCCGCGGAGGCAGAAGAGGCAGCGGCUGGUGCGGGCGCCCCGCAGCCGCGGGCAGUGGUGCUGGCCCUGGAUGCUCUGCCCCCAGGAUGGGAACAGCGAGAGCUACCUAAUGGGAGAGUCUACUAUGUAGACCACAACAACAAGACAACCACCUGGGAGAGACCCCUUCCUCCAGGGUGGGAGAAGCGUGUGGAUCCUCGAGGAAGGUAUUACUAUGUCGACCACAACACCAGGACCACCACAUGGCAGCGCCCCACAGCCGAGUACGUGAGGAACUACGAGCAGUGGCAGUCCCAGCGCAACCAGCUCCAGGGAGCCAUGCAGCAGUUCAGCCAAAGGUUCUUGUACCAGUCGUCCGGCGCCCCGUCUGACAAUGACCCGCUUGGGCCCCUUCCUCCCGGCUGGGAGAAGAGACAGGACAACGGGCGAGUGUAUUACGUGAACCACAACACGCGGACCACGCAGUGGGAAGACCCUCGCACGCAGGGGAUGAUCCAGGAACCGCCCCUGCCGCCCGGCUGGGAGAUGAAGUACACGAACGAGGGCGUGCGGUACUUCGUGGACCACAACACCCGCACCACCACCUUCAAAGACCCCCGGCCCGGAUUUGAGUCUGGGAGCAAGCAAGGCGGCUCCCCUGGCGCGUAUGACCGGAGCUUUCGCUGGAAGUACCACCAGUUCCGCUUCCUCUGCCACUCCAACGCGCUGCCCAGCCACGUGAAGAUCAGCGUCUCGCGGCAGACGCUCUUCGAGGACUCCUUCCAGCAGAUCAUGAACAUGAAGCCGUACGACCUGCGGCGCCGCCUGUACAUCAUCAUGCGAGGAGAGGAAGGCCUGGACUACGGCGGCAUUGCCAGGGAGUGGUUCUUCCUGCUGUCCCACGAGGUGCUCAACCCCAUGUACUGCCUCUUCGAGUACGCCGGCAAGAACAACUACUGCCUGCAGAUCAACCCUGCCUCCUCCAUCAACCCCGACCACCUCACCUACUUCCGCUUCAUCGGCCGCUUCAUCGCCAUGGCGCUCUACCACGGCAAGUUCAUCGACACGGGCUUCACGCUGCCCUUCUACAAGCGGAUGCUGAACAAGCGCCCCACGCUGAAGGACCUGGAAUCCAUCGACCCCGAGUUCUACAACUCCAUUGUCUGGACCAAGGAGAACAGCCUGGAGGAGUGCGGCCUGGAGCUGUACUUCAUCCAGGACAUGGAGAUCCUGGGCAAGGUGACCACCCACGAGCUGAAGGAGGGCGGGGAGAGCAUCCGGGUGACGGAGGAGAACAAGGAGGAGUACAUCAUGCUGCUCACGGACUGGCGCUUCACGCGCGGCGUGGAGGAGCAGACCAAGGCCUUCCUGGACGGCUUCAACGAGGUGGUGCCGCUCGAGUGGCUGCGCUACUUCGACGAGAAGGAGCUGGAGCUGAUGCUGUGCGGCAUGCAGGAGAUCGACAUGAGCGACUGGCAGAAGAACACCAUCUACCGGCACUACACCAAGAACAGCAAGCAGAUCCAGUGGUUCUGGCAGGUGGUCAAGGAAAUGGACAAUGAGAAGCGGAUCCGCCUGCUGCAGUUCGUGACGGGGACCUGCCGCCUGCCCGUCGGAGGCUUCGCGGAGCUCAUCGGCAGCAACGGCCCCCAGAAGUUCUGCAUCGACAAGGUCGGCAAGGAGACGUGGCUGCCGCGGAGCCACACCUGCUUUAACCGCCUGGAUCUCCCACCCUACAAGAGCUACGAGCAGCUGAAGGAGAAGUUGCUCUACGCCAUCGAGGAGACAGAGGGCUUUGGCCAGGAGUGAUGGCCCCGCUGCUUCCCUGGCAGCUCAGGCUGCGCCUGGCCCGGAGAGGCCUUGGAGUGUGUCGGGCCGUCCCCUCCGCCAUGAGCUCGCAGGCUGGGAAAACGCCUCCACCGCUCCCUGCACCUCCAGGGCAGGAUGGGGAGAGGGGGACUGGGAGGUGGGAAAGGGGGGAUCACAGGGCAUUGCUUUGGCUGCCUCUGGCACAACCCUGGACCCUCACCUAACCUGGGCUGAUCCAUGCACAGGGAGCGCGUCCUUCCUGCCUGGAGCAGGGCGGGAAGCGCUGCAGGAGUGGGGCAGCAGCUGUCCUACCCCCCAGCGACCGGCCGUAAAUGGGCUCUGGGUAACAACCAGCAACUGAGACAUUGGAGCCCAACCUAGGCUGGUUUGCUGCAGUCUGUUUCCCCCUCCCUGCGCUGUCCCUGGGCCCCAGCCCUCGGCGAGCGGCUUGGAGGAACAGCUGGGGGGGCCCCAGGCCCGGUGCCUGCCCUGACUUCUGCACUGGGGCCAGAGCAGCAGCUUUGCCAGGAGCGCCUGACGCUGGACUCGGCCCGGGCUCUUCCUCGGUGCAUUUCAGCUGUGAUCAGUUUUAAGUACCAGUUUUUAUUUGCCUAGAUAUUUUUGC